GUCACGGACUAUGAUGGCGGACACCGACGUGAAUGCCGAGAAAGAUCCUUCGGGAUCGACGUCGCUCUCGUCGAAGCGGGUGAAGGAGCGACGGCACUACACCGAAGACUGCCUGCAGGACGACGAGAUCGAAGGCCGCAGAAUGUUCACCGUGGAGGAUAAAGUGACCAGUCCGGCAUUUAACUACUCGUUCGCCAAAGAGAUGAAGGGCGAAGACUUCACUCUGAAGUAUCUACAAGAACAUGGCUUUGAGCACCCCCUGCUGUUCAAGAGCAAAGCAAACAUGGGAAUGAGGUUGCCGAGCCACAAUUUCACCUGUAACGACGUUAGGCAGUGUGUUGGGAGUCGAAGGGUCCUAGAUGUGAUGGAUGUGACUACGCAGAAGGACAUUGAGAUGACCAUGAAGGAUUGGUGUCGCUACUUCGAGAACCCAAACAGGGACAAGCUGCUCAAUGUUAUCAGCCUCGAGUUCAGCCACACCAAGCUAGAAAACUACGUAGAGUCCCCCAGUCUGGUUCGACAAGUAGACUGGGUCGACGUCGUGUGGCCACGACACCUGAAAGAAAGUCAGACCGAAGGGACCAACGCCAUUGAGGACAUGAAGUACCCCAAGGUUCAAAAAUAUUGCCUAAUGAGUGUAAAGGGCUGCUACACGGAUUUCCACAUCGACUUUGGGGGCACGUCGGUCUGGUAUCAUCUGCUUCGUGGCCAGAAGGUGUUCUGGCUAAUACCUCCAACCAAGCGCAACUUUCAGCUGUACGAACAAUGGGUUCUUUCGGGGAAGCAAGGAGACGUCUUCUUCGGUGAAACAGUGGAGAAGUGCGGCCGCGUCACCCUUAAUGAGGGUGACACUUUCUUCAUUCCCACUGGAUGGAUUCAUGCUGUUUACACUCCCAUGGAUGCACUGGUGUUUGGCGGAAACUUUCUCCACAGCUAUGGAAUUGAAAAGCAGUUGCAGAUCUGCCAGAUUGAAGAUGCGACGCAUGUGCCUAUCAAGUUCCGGUAUCCCUUCUACGGUGAGAUGCUGUGGUAUGUGCUGCAGCGCUACGUCCAGUGCCUUCUCGGCAUCAACCACCUGACAUGCAAUGAGGAUGGCGACCCUGUCGAUGUUGGCAAAAGGGGGAACUCUCAACAGAUGCAGCAGCAGCCAGGGUCGACAGGUGGUCGCUCCUUCGAUGGUAGCUCGUUCUUGGACCUGAGCACACUGUCGCCCAAGUCCAACGGGGCCGGUGCCAACAGCCCUACAGUGCCCAACGAGGACUCGCUGGACUCUGCAGAAGAACCGUGCCGCCGGACGUUUCCCCCCGGUCACGUGCACUUAACUCGGAGAGAGGUGGAUGGACUUCGGAUGAUAAUCCGCUGGCUUCAAAAGUUGCCACCCAACAAGAAGUUUGUCCCAGAUUUGGUGAGGGAUCCUGAUGCGCUGCUUGCGGAUGCAAAGUGUGGUCUCUGCGCUGUGGUAAAGGAACACAAGCAUGAUGAUCCAGUGCUUGCAAUCACUGACAAACCGGUGCUGUUCUGGUCUGAGAGCAAGAAGAAGAGCAAGCCGCGAGUGGGUCUACCUCCGCUGGGAGGCAAGGGGUCGUCCAAGGGGGGGCGGGGCUCGGACAAGGACAAAAAUGGGGCCCGGCGGCGGCGCACGCGCUGCAAGAAGUGCGAGGCCUGCCUGCGUGCCGACUGCGGUGACUGCCACUUCUGCAAGGACAUGAAGAAGUUUGGCGGGCCCGGCCGCAUGAAGCAGUCCUGCAUCAGCCGCCAGUGCAUGGCUCCCGUACUUCCGCACACAGCGUGCUGCAUGCUGUGCGGGCGGGACGGCUGGGAGAAGGGCGCCCCGCAGCCUGGCUCGGACCAGGAGGCCUGUUCCUCACUGAUGGAGUGCUCCCAGUGCUGGGAGAUCGUGCACCCAGCGUGCCUAACCGAGCGCAACCCACAUCUCGUGGGAUUGCAAGGCACUGUGAGCGAUGACUUGCCCAAUAGCUGGGAGUGCCCUAAAUGCUGCCGUGACGGAAAGCCCGACCAGGUCAAGCCACGGCACACUCGAGGUAGAAUGUCGAAAGGUCCACAGGACGGGAAAGUCGGAGUGUGAGUACAUGCGGGUCUGGAAUCGGCAACACCCGUUCCAGGCAACCCUGCGCUCAACUUGACGUUGAGACCGUACGAGGCGUCAGGCGAGCUUUGCAAAAGUGAACUUGAUCCAUGCGGUGCUCCACCAAAGAAGAAGAUUAAGACCGAAGGACCUCAAGAACUUCUCGAGUAUGACGGCGUGCCUUUGUCAGACAAGCCGAUCCAGCACCUGCCAGCAGCAGUCAAGAAAGGAGAUGCAAGCGACGAGGAAAUGUACGAGAACUCGGAGGCGGCAUUAAGCAGGUCCCGCAAGGAUGACUAUGUCCGAUCUUGUUCCCGGCUGACCAUGGUCCAGGGGGACAAGGUCUCGGCGACUAGCUCCCAUGACCAGGUGGUAAAGUCUAUGCGCAGCUUACACAAGGGUUCAGAGCCAGAGUUCGCCGAGGCUGCGGCCAUUCCUGCGGUUCCCGCCGUGUCGGCCAUCCCCAGCGAAGAGCCCGAGGUCAAGAACGGAUUGGCGGCCAUCGCAGCCAAUGCCCAAAGUGCUGACAACCAUGACAACAGGAACUCUUCGAGUGCUACCACAAAUGGGGCCACUGCACCGGAUAUCCACGUUACGAGCAAAAGCUGCGGACAACCACCCGAGUUCAAGUUCAAGAUGACACUGCGAGACCGUGGCAACCUGCGCAAGCCCAUGCACCUAGUACGACCUGCACCACUCCGCGAAGACGUAGAGAAGGCCAAACAGCCGGUAGAGAAGGCACUGCAAGGCGACGGCACCACAUGCUACGUGCUGAUGCGUGAAGUGAUGGUGCCGGUCAUGCGUUACCUCGGUCCCCAGGAUUUGUCACAGUGCCAGCUGGUGUGCAAAGCAUGGAACCGGUGGUGUGUGGAGCCUGGCAUGUGGCGCCGGGUGGAUCUGUCACGGCGCCGUGUGACGGCGCUUGCCCUCGCGGGCAUUGUGAGGAGGCAGCCCUACUGCCUGGACCUGGCUUGGACCAACGUGUCGGCAAAGCAGCUCAGCUGGCUCCUUCCACGCCUGCCGCACUUACGCGAGCUGGGACUGAGCGGGUGCUCGGCGGCCGCCGUUGUAGCGGCACUGCGCUCUGGAGUCUGCCCCCGCCUUCGCUGCCUUGACCUCAGCUGGGUCGAGGGUCUCGGAGACCAGGCAGUACGAGAUUUGGUGGCACCUGACGCUCGUUCCAAGCCUCGGCUUCUGGUGGAGGUCCGUCUCGCGGGCUGUGAUAUCUCGGAUGUGGCAGUGCGCCUCUUGGGGCACCAGUUGCCCAACUUAAGCCGUCUGGACUUGUCCAACUGCCGGGGUGUCACGGACAUGGGCAUAGCGGUGCUCGGGGCCGCUAAGGCGUCGCGACUCACGGCGCUCGAUGUUUCGCGGUGUGCGAACGUGUCGGACACGGGCCUCGAGGCGCUGCGGCGUUGCGUAGGGCUGCGCCACUUGGAUCUCAGAGACUGUCCUCAAGUAACCGAUGCGGCCUGCCGCCGCUUCGUAGCACAAAGCCGCCUCCCUGUUCUCCUCAAGGAAAGCAAGCUCAUACAAGUCAUCUCCUCAUAAGAAGUCUCUCCCCAUCUCCUAUUAGUUUCUUGUGCAUUAAGCCGUGGGCUAUUUUCAUUUCACAUAGAUCUCCAUUUGAACUGCAGGGUUGAGGCAAGCAGUACCACCACUUUCUGGCUGGCUAGCCAUGUAAACCCCAAAACAGCAACAUUACCAAGUCUCUCCCCAUCUCGAAUUAGUUUCUUGUGCAUUAAGUCGUGGGUUAUUUUUAUUUCAUAUAGAUCUCCAUUUGAACUGCAGGGUUGAGGCAAGCAGUACCACCACUUCCUGGCUGGCUAGCCAUGUAAACCCGAAAACAGCAACAUUACUUCGUCACUGUUUCGCUGGUGUUGAUUAGGAUGUGCCUGCAUCACAUGAAAGAAGCAUAGUACUCUGUAAACUGCUGUGAACUUGUUUUUAAACCUUGGGCAUAGAUUUUCAGCACUUGUGUCAGCCUGCCAAAUACAGGUUACCUUUAAAAGAUAGCAUUCAAUUUUAUGCAAUAGCGGAAGCAAUCUUUAUCUUUGUGCGGGACAUUUUUUUUUUUUUUAACUGCAGGGGCUGUCAUCACUGCAUUACCAAGUUUGAUCUUCUCAUCACCUUGAGUGUAGCUGGAAGUCUUAUUUUCGCUUCCAACUGACAAAAAUACCUCAAGUGCGCCUUUGUCGUUACAGAUUCGUUGGUGUCGUUUAAAACCUCUGGCAUCAAGUCGAUGCUACACUUCCUUUGUAUCAAUUUUUUUAACACAUUAACCUUGUCAUAACACGCAAUCUUCAUUUAUUUCAGAACUUUGUAUACUCCAAGCAGGAGUUGCUGCUAAGCUGUUUUACUACGAGUUCUUUCAGUUCUGUGAAAAAGUGCUCGUAUUGUGUUCAUGUAGUUUCAGUUAGAUAGCUUUCUUGUUGACAUUUGAGUGUUUACAGUUGAUUUUGUGUUGUGGGAAGUAGUGUCCAUUCAUUUUACAAAGAAAAGCUUGCAGUUCUUGAAUUUUUUCAGUAGUGCAUUGUAGCACGUAACCCGGAGUUCGUAGAUUGUAUCCUCUUUUUUUUAUUGCUUUCAUCAUGUAAUUUAUUGAAACAUUCAUGUUCAUUCUUUUUGCUCUGGGCAAAAUCUCAUAGCAGUUCAUCAAGAAAUCCUUUUGGAACGAUCAUUAUCUGUAUGCAAGAUUGCAAGCUGUAAAUACUAUUCAAUACCAUUUGUAACUCUGAUCAGCACAAGAUGCCGAGUGAGUGUCAUUUUCGUUGCAUUGUGUUCAUUAGUGUGUUCGUGUGUUGUAUAUAAAGGAAACCAGCGUUGCUGCUCAUGACGUGUAAAACAGUUCAUUAAACAUUUGUAGGUAAGUA